AUGUUAUUUGCGACUUUCAGAUUGAUUUCAAAAAUGACCGUGAGGAAAAUAAACUUUGGAGCCGGCCCGGCAAAGAUCCCAGAAGAGGUCAAAAUGUCUCACCGUUCAAAGGAAUUCGCGGCGGUGCUUCAAGAAACCAAACAACUUCUUAGACAGCUGAUGGGAGUUCCUGAGAAUUAUGAGAUUCUCUUCAUGCAAGGAGGUGGUACCGGACAGUUUGCAGCAGUUCCGAUGAACCUCAAGGGCGACCACGAGUUCGCCGACUACAUCGUGACAGGUGCUUGGUCGUGCAAAGCCGCUGAUGAAGCACGCAAAUACAUACGAGUGAAAAAGGUUUUCACCCCAAGCAAACCCUAUACAACAAUUCCAGAUCAGAAACUUUGGGACCACGAUAAGGUGAACUGUUCACGGCAUCGAAUUUCACAAAGCUUUUCAUUUGAUGAUUCGAAAAUUUUCCACUGCAGAAUAUUGUUUAUAUUUCAGCACGGUGUCGUGUUUGGAGGAACACAGAAAAAUCUCGGAGCAGCUGGUCUCACAAUUGUGAUCGUUCGGAAGGACCUUAUUGGAAAGCAACAACAACUAACCCCAGCAAUUCUCAGUUACAAGGAAAUGCAUGACAACGACAGCCUCUACAACACUCCAGCUGUUUACGGCAUGUACAUCACGAAUUUGGUGCUGAAGUGGAUUCGCGACAUCGGUGGAGUGGAUGCGAUCUUUGAAAUGAACAAAAAGAAGGCUGGUAUGCUUUACGAUGUCAUUGAUAACUCCAACGGCUUCUACAGUUGCCCUGUGGACAAGGCAUGCCGCAGUUACAUGAACAUCUGUUUCCGUGUCCAACAGGGAAAUGAUGCCGCAGAGGCUGAGUUCCUAAAAGGAGCUGCUGAUCGGGGAAUGAUCUCGUUGAAAGGGCACAGGUCAGUGGGCGGUAUCCGUGCAUCUCUUUACAAUGCGGUCACGGUCGAAGAAACAGCGCUCCUUGUUGAUUGGAUGCGAGAAUUCAUGGCCUCAGUGUACUCUUCAAAUGUUUUAUAA